AUGACAGACGACCGAUCCAGAUCAAGGUCCAGAGGUCGAAUUGAACACGACACUGAACUAUGGUUCAACAUGCCCAGUCCUGAAAGACAACGUCAGACAGAGCAAUCCGCAUACCAGACGACAUCAAACCGUCUCAGUAUGGCAUUAAUGGCUUCGAAUCCCUCUCAGAUACAGCUCUCGAUUCCGACGAUAUCUACAAGCUCAGACCUCAAUAACUCACUACCACCGCCUCCGGCCGAAGCAAAGAGAGAACGUCGGAAGCCGGCUAUGUUAAGAUCGUUCCUUCGGGGUCGAUCCUCAAGCAACCAUCUUGAUCCCUCGCAUUUGCAGCCUGUGACGAACAGUCAUCAUCAACGGCAUUCGUCAGCAGGCGCUCACUUGAGUGUGGACGUACACGGUCACUAUCAACGAUAUUAUUCCCGCAGCAUGCCAAAUUCACCGAAUCAGCAAAGUUAUGAAUCCGCUCCUGUCUACCUACCGCCGCUUGCUCGAGUUCAAUCAGCGAAUCCAGCAUUUCCAGAUACAACCCAAUACCAACCAUACUUUGUUGCGGAAGACUAUCCACAGCAUAUGAGCUCGCUCAGCUCAAACCUCGAUCCCUCACCGACGCGAGCACGAACAUUUCCAGAGACUACAACGCCCAGUCCCACGGCCCGUGGUUGCGUAGUCAACAGGCCACGACCACACACUUGGCUAUCUCCAACCGAACCGUUUGCCGACCCUUCCCAGUUUCAUCUUUUUGUUGAAGCAACGACAGGUCUCCCAACCGAUACAGACUCGUGGUCUCCCAACGGUCCAAAUCGACUCCAAGGUUCCCUUUUCGCACGUAGGUCAAGCAACGGCUCGAUACCAGUGUCGCCUCAAUACAUUCCAGCACCAAUCCCCGAUCGAACUCAGCAGACUGCGAGCUGGCAGAGCUUCGAACCACCCUUUGCCUCCUCACGAUCUGUGUCUGCGCCGAUGGCGAGGAUGCUUCACCACAAUGCAUUUCAACCACCUCAUGCUGACCCCACACCAGACAUGAACGCAAUCGAUGCCGAACUGGAAAUGCUGGGUCUCGAUGGCGAUCAUUCACCCGAUACAGACGAGUUGCCGGACUAUGCACAGAGUCAAGCAGAGAUGAAUGCUCGGAAGAGGGACGAGGCAGCGGCGAGAGCGAGAGAUCUGGAGGCUAGAUGGCGUGGAGCCCGAGACAGGCGGAACUGA